UUGAUUGGUGCGGAAAAGUCCUCACGAUCGUCAUAGAAUGUUCGAGUUUUAGAUCAAUUUCAAGAGAUAUUGCUGUCUAUUUACAUGAACAUUUUGGGAUAUAAUUAAGGUCAUCUCAGUGUGUAGCGAUCGUGAUGAGAAACAGCCGGGGAUGUCCACAUGCAUCCAGGACUGCUCUGUUCCACGAGGAGGACUUGCGUCAACGUGCACAGGGAUGCUGUAAUUCUUGUGAUGCCAGGGGUCCAAAUGUUUGGAUGUGUUUGCAUGAGAAUUGUGGAUUUGUUGGUUGUGGGGAGACAGCUAACGAUCACAGUUCAGAGCACACAAAGAUAACGAACCACCAGCUGAAUCUCAACUUACACACUUUCCGCAUCUGGUGCUCCGCCUGCGAGGAAGAAGCGUUCCCGGACUGCGUCAUCAAUGAAGGCAGUGUUGAGGUGACAAAGCGCCACCGUGUGGUGGUCGAGAGAGAGGUGCAACGCGUUGAACAUCAACGCGCCGCACAUCAACGCGCCGCAAGGGACAUGCCACAGAGCCGGUCUCCCUAUCUGUUCCGUCUGGAUUCCCCAGUCACUCAAGCUCUAGAUGAGUUUUUAAACAAAGACCCCAAACCGAGAGGCUUGACAGGACUGCGUAACCUUGGCAACACUUGUUACAUCAGUGCUGGUAUCCAAGCUUUAUCAAAUUGUCCUGCGUUCACCCAUUUCUUCUUGGAGUGCGACAGUUACGUCAAAACGGAGAAGAAGCCGUACCUAGCAAAGAGCUACCAGAAACUCAUGGAGGAAAUAUGGGGCAGAAGAAGACCCAGCUAUUUGACUCCAUCCAGUCUCAUCAACAGUAUCCGCUCUGUCUUUCCUAUGUUCAAAGGUUUUACUCAACAGGACACUCAGGAGUUUUUACGCUGCUUCAUGGACCGCCUCCACGAUGAGCUAAAAGAACCCCUGCUAGACCAGAACGACAACCCAUCGGGCAGCGAAGAGGACGACACCAACAGUCCCACAGUAGAGCGCCCUCGCCGCGUACGCUCCAACGACUCCCUCUGCCAAUCAGAUGGGGAAUACAGCAUACAGGACCACAGCUGCGAGAACACCGGUCUGACAUCGGACGAGGCGUCAGCGCCACGGCUCUCCGGUCGUCCCGGCAGCAUGGACGCCCUCAAGAACCGUAGGAACCGGAAGCAAACCUUAUCGGAGUCCGACGCCGACGUGCCACCAACGGAAUCCGGGGAUGCGCAGAUUCUCCGCGGGUCCUUGUCGUCGACGAAGAGAGUGUUCUCGAAGGAGGACCGCGAGAAGGGGUCGACGGAGAAAGAUAUCGACGAGAGCGAAAUGAUGAGAGAACCGUGCAACGAGGCGCAGGACGACGGGGAAGAGAUGGAGAUACAACAGGAGGACAAGAGGGGCUAUAAGGUCGGAGGUCAUGGCAAGAUGGCACGGUGUGCUAGCCACGAGGAAAUGGCGCUCAGAAAGGCAGAUUCUAACAGAGGCAAGAAGCCGAGUGUGAAAUACCGCAGUAUUGUCUCUGAUGUCUUUGAUGGCAAGAUCCUAAGCUCUGUGCAGUGUCUGACCUGUGACACGAUUUCAACUCGCAAGGAGACAUUCCAAGACUUGUCUCUCCCGAUCCCUGGGAAGGAGGACCUGGCAAGGAUCCAUAAGUCCCACGGCUUACCAAGCAAGGGCAUCACACCGUGCUCCGAUGCCUACGGGCAGCAGGGAUGGCUGUCCUGGUUCUACAGCUGGUUCUCUGGGUGGAUAUGGGGCCCUCAUGUAACUUUGGAUAACUGUCUAGCAGCCUUCUUCUCUGCAGAUGAUCUUAAAGGAGAUAACAUGUACAGCUGUGACAAGUGCAAGAAGCUUCGUAAUGGAGUAAAGUUCUCACAAGUUCUUGACCUACCAGAGGUUCUGUGUGUUCAUCUGAAGAGAUUCCGUCAUGAAUCCAUGUCCUCGUAUUCCUCCAAGAUCAACAGCUACGUGUCUUUCCCCAUGGAAGGUCUGGACAUGUCACCGUAUCUUGCCAAAGAGUGUAACAGCAAGUGCCCCCUCUAUGAUUUGACAGCCGUUAUUUGCCACCACGGAACAGCCGGAGGCGGCCACUACACGAGUUACGGCCAGAAUUGGCUAAGUAGUCAGUGGUAUGAGUACGAUGAUAUGUACGUCACUGAGGUCAGUGACCUCCAAGUGGCCAACUGUGAGGCCUACGUACUCUUCUACAAAAAAGUGUCUGAGGAUGCAUUAAAGGAGAGACAGAAAGUUUCUGAUCUGUUUGAACAGCAUGAGCCAAGCUUUCUACAUUUCUUCGUCUCUCUUCAAUGGUUGAAUAAGUUCAACAGCUUUGCUGAGCCAGGCCCCAUCUCAAAUAACGACUUCCUAUGCAAGCAUGGAGGUGUUCCGCCAAGCAAAGCCUCUUACGUUGACCAGCUCGUUGUUAAGGUUCCUCAACCAGUCUGGGAGUAUCUCCACCAAAGGUAUGGUGGUGGGCCGGCCGUCAACCAUCUGUACGGAUGUCCAACCUGCCAGGCUGAGGCUGAGCAGAUCGAACGAAGACGAAAAGAAGAGAUGGAGACUUUCAUCAAGCUGAAUGAAGCAUUUUCAAGGGAUGACUCCCCUGACUCCAUCAUCUACUGUAUCAGCCUGGCAUGGUUCAAGCUCUGGGAGGCAUUCGUCAAAGCCAAACAGAAAGAUCCACCAGGACCCAUUGACAAUCGCUCCAUUGCAAUAAUGAAAGGAGGCUACGCUGUGGUUAGACAGAGAGCAGACUGCGGCCAGAUUUCCAAGGAGAUGUGGUACUAUCUUCACUCCAUCUACGACGGAGGACCAGAGGUCAUUCUUCAUCCCAACCGCCCCACCCUAAUGGACCACGCCCAGUCUGCCGCAUCCGAUGAGGAGAACACAAGCCCAAGGGAAGACUCAAGAUUGUAAGGGGUGGCACUGGACUGCCACACCCAAGACGGAACAUGGAGACGCCCAAGAGGGAACAUGGCGGCGCACAUGAGGGAACCUGGCGAAAUGGAAACAAGCAAGUUUUGUACCCUAAUCAAAUAUGUUGCCUGUGCUUAAGGGCAUCUGAACUCAGACCUAUAAGCCUUUUGUUUUGAAAGGGCAAGGGCACCAAGGCAUUUUCUGCUUGGUAAAGGCAUCCUAUGAGGAAAUUGUAAAU